AUGGCUCUUCCCGAUCAUUGGCCACAUGGGUAUCUGCACGUCGACUGGAGUCAUUCGGGACUUCGCGGGGCCAUACUUUGUCUCAGAAGACAACAUGGCAUUUGGGAAGCCAGUGAAGUACUGGAAACUGGAUCCCAGCAAAAUAUACUCCACUGGUCCCAAUGCUUGGGACACAGCUGUACACGAUGCGUCGGAGGAGUACAAGCACCGAAUGCACAACCUUUGCUGUGAUAACUGCCAUUCUCACGUGGCUCUGGCCUUAAACUUGAUGAAAUACGAUAACAGCACCUCCUGGAACAUGGUGAAACUCUGCUUCUUCUCACUCCUGUAUGGGAAGUAUGUAAGCAUAGGGGGAUUUGUGAAGACCUGGCUUCCCUUUGUCCUCUUCUUGGGGGUGAUUGUGACCAUUGUUCUGACGCUUCAUUUGCGGUGA